GUGAUGAUGGCCAAAGAAGGAGAACAUUCCGGAGCUAAGGAAGUGAAACUUACCAAACCCAAAAUUUCCUUGUCGGAUCUCACCUUUGUCAUUUACGUAACUACCCGAGAAAAGCUAUCAUCUUCUACCAUAAGUUGUGAGGAGAUACCACUUAAGAAAUGUGGCGCGGAGCUAGAGUGUGGCUCCAAUGAUCGAUUCCAUAUACAAGUCGAAAACUUGAGCCAUAUGGGAAUCUCCAAGUCUAGAAUGGCUGGUGUAAAGAUCGAGUGCGAGGUCAUUUAUAAGGAAGACUCGGAAGACGAGGCGGUAGUUAGAAUCGUUAAUGCUGAAAGGCCAUUAGGCACAAACUUUGGAUGGCUGAACAACGAUCUUCUUGCUCCACUAGCUCAUCGUGGUCUAACAGCCGAAAUCCAGCUGAGUUUCAACAGCGAGUUAUUGGACAAGAUCGACCUCCAGAUAUUCCACCGAGGCGAGGGGAGAUAUUUUUCCCAAGACGAUACUCUUGGUUAUCUUCAAUGUUUUUUCCCAUCUAAAAUCUAAGUAUUUUAGUUAUGCAAAGCCUAUGAAAUAUUUAAAAGUACAAUUUGUAUGCAUUUUGUUUGGUCGAUUAUAUGAUAUUUAAAUAAGAAUAUAUUUCUACCUAGAUAAUCA